AAAAAAAUUCUUGUUAUUUUUAAUUUUUCAAUAUGAAGUAGCGGUCGAAAAUACCCUAGUAGAUUUAAUUCGAAACCACGAACAGAGAAUGUCGACGAUGACAUCUGGGUACAAAAAAGAUGGUGGACAUUCUGGACCUCCACCGCGAAAGAAAGUAAAGACCUCAGAAUUACCACUUGCAUCUGCGACAAGAGCCGCCAUUGAAGGGUUGGCUCAUACAUAUAAGAAAAAGGGUACUUAUGAUGAAUUGAGGACUAAGAUUUGGCAGGAAUUGGAGAAAGGUGUAUGUACUUCGAAAAUAUUUCUAAGUCCUAUUUGGGUCGCCACGCUGCUGGGAAUAGGCGUCGACUCCUUUGAAUGAUCGUUAGGAUACUGAUUCAGUGGUCAUAUAGGAUUUUGAGGAUGAGUUUACGAGUUCUUUAUUGAGUGUUGCGGAGGAGCAAUUAGAGAAAGACCCUGGACAAUUACUUAGAUUGGAGCGCAGUAAGGCUACGUUACUUAUUGAGGGAGCUGUAGAUCGUGCGGGUAUAUAUCAAUCUGCGGAGGCGACAAUCGACAAAUUAAUUCAAGCAUAUAUUCCGGAGAUUGAGGAAGGGUUCGCAAAUGACAUUGGCAAAAGGAGUUUUGAAAGGAGGUAAAACAGAUGAGCAGUAUGCUGAGGAUUAAAAGAGAGAAAAGAGAGAAAAGAAUCAAAGGAAAGAGGAGGCAGGAGAGAAGAAGGAGAGGAGGAAAGAAAUCCGAACUAGAGACAGAGAAGGUCGGACAGAGAUAGAGAUGACCGAAGAAGAAGAUAUGAUGACGAUAGGCGGAGGGAUUCUGCCGGUCUCCGAACACCAGCCUCGAAGCCAGAAUUGUCCAAGGAGGAAAUUGAACGACUCGAACAAGAGGCUCUUGAUGAUCUUUUGAAGGAAGGUAAGAAGGUUGCUCAACGGUCUAGACAUCAAUUGGAGUUGGAGAUUGAUGAGACCUUGGCACCACCUCCUCGAAAGGCCAUGCCCGCAUCAGCUAUCAAACCGAUAUCUCGAGAUACUGCGGCGAGGACAACCGAACUUAAGAAGACUGCAGUUGCCAAGCUCAAGGAGGAAUCCGGUUCGAAAAUACCUCAAGUCGCUGAUGGAAAAUCAACGGUAGAAAAAGCGAAGGAGUCUAGUCACGACAAAGGAGGUAGUCAAGGAGCUCAAACUCCUGAGGUGGCUAAGGAUGCCACCAAGGUUAAGGAAGAAACCAAGACUACAGGGGCAAAUCGUGAUGACCGCAAAGACAAAGACGAACGCUCACGUCGUGGAAGUCGAGAUCGGGAUGAUAGAAAACGACGGGAUAGUAGAGAUCGUGAUCGCGAUCGAGAUAGGAGAGAUAGUCGAGACCGGGACCGAAGUGACUAUCGAAGACGUAGGUCAAGUAGGGACCGCGAUGAUAGAAGAGAUAGAGAUCGUCUUCGAUCUAGAUCUCGUGACCGACGAAGAAGUUACAGAUCGCGAAGUCGUGACCGAUUGGGUGAUCGAGACCGUGAUACGAGACGUGCAGAGAGCAGUGUAACCAGAACGGGCACAUCAAACCUCGAUGCAGAAUCUUUCAAAGUUGCUGCGGCACAAGCUAGAGCAGAAGAAGCUCGAAAGUGGAACGAAGAACGAAAAAAUCAACCACUGUUACCUAGUUUAUCAGCAAGGAAGGAAGAGGCUGUUGCUUCUACACCUAGAGCGAAGGAUGAUGCCAAAAUGAGCAGUCCUGUUUCGACUAGAAAACGAGAAACUUCUCGAGACAGGGAAAGCCAUAGAAGAGAAUCUCGCGUGAGAAGUAGAUCACCUACCGCGAGACGAAGUAGUCGAAUUGAGAGGAGCACCAGUCCGAUUAAUAUCGAUCGUUAUGUACCUGGUGCAACUGAACGAAGGGAAAGUGCAGCAGAGAGGAGUUCACCGAAGAAGAGGGAGAGGAGUAGAGAUAGGGAAAAGGAGAAGAGACCUAGGGAUGAUGAUAGACCGAGGAGGAGGAGUCGCUCACCAGAUAACAGGAGGGAUAGGGAUAGAGAUGGACAUGCUAGGAGGUAUAGGAGCCGAAGUAGGGAUCGGGACAGGAGGAGAGAGAGAAGUAGGAGUAGGGAUAGAGAUAGGGAUCGGAAGAGGGAAAAGAGUAGGAGUCGAGAUAGGAAGGAGAGAGAUAGGGAUAGAGAUCGCGACAGAGACAGAGACCGAGAGAGGAAAAGGGAUAGAAGUAAGGAAAGUAGGAGGGAAUCGAGGCGGGAUUAGGUCAAGUGUCUUUUCUUCUACAGAAUGGGGAGAGAAAGAAGGAAAAUUGAUUUCGUUGUUUAGGAAUACAUCAUAGCGAGCUUGUACGCGAUCACGAGAUUCUACUUGUUUAUCUAGUAGCAUAAUAAUGUAAUAGAGCGACGGAUGGAUACAGAACAGAGGAUAUUGUCAAAUUUCAGGA